AAUUUAAAUAGUUCAAAUUUCCACUCAAUCAAUGCAUAUCGUACAUAUGUAUGUGCAUAUGCUCGCAUUUGAAAUACAUAUAUAUAACCUAUAAACUUAAAAUGCAUAUCCCACAACUCCACGGAAAAUUUACAAAACCCGGAGGUGGCUUUUGGAACAUCGGUAGUCUGCUGAUGCUGUCCUGCCUGGUCUUUAUUUGCGGCGCAAGCGCCGAUGACCUGUUAGAGCUCAGCUGCACUACGAAUGCGCAUUGUGCCCAAUUCGAGCUGUCUAACGUGAGUCGUUCCCAUUGUGAGGAAUCGCGCUGUAUUUGCACGACGUGGAAUAGCAGCCUGGAACAUGUGGACUGCCAGCCCAGGGACCACAAACUCAGUAACAUUAUUGGUGGCCCGUGCCCCUGCAGCCAGAGUCAUGCCGAGUGUGAUUCAGAUAAGCAGCAAUGCUACUGUGCCCCAAACUAUAUACCUAGCGAGGAUCGACGUCGCUGCCUACCUCGAAGCGUGCCUCUGGACGCGCACUGUGAGUCAGACCGACAAUGUCAGGAGAUGAAUCCGUUUGCCUUUUGUCAGACGGGACAGCAUCGCUGCCUCUGCCGACAAGAAUUCGAGAACCAUAAUGGCAAAUGCCUACACAGACUAGCGACGAACUGUACGGCGGACAAGGACUGUGGCAAUUGCGGCUCCGCGUUCUGUAUGCUCGGCUUGAAAAAGUGCGUGUGUUCUCCCAACUUUGUGCAAAACCAAAAAAUGAACAAGUGCGUACCGGGCGCUGCUUUUGGAGCAACCUGUGAACGCAGUGCCGUCUGCCAAUUGCUCCUUGGAGCUGGCGGUCAGUGCCGCGAAAACCGUUGCGGAUGUCGCGUGCAGUACUAUGCCAAAAAACGACCGGAAACAGACCUAACAAAUGACCUGAGUGCAGAGGAACGCAUUAUGUGCCAACCAAUUGUGGCCUAUGGCUCGUAUUGCCGCAACGACAGCGAUUGCCAACAGGAGCUAUUGACUCCUUCGCCAAUGCGAUGCAAGAUGGGCGAGUGCCACUGCAACAAUAACUACAAAACGCUGGAUAAUGUGGAGUGUGUGAUGAUCAGUGAAGCAAUAGAUGUGGCUGUGAGUCGCUGGACUUGGAUCCUCGCUAUAUUGCCGCUUGUCAACGCUUACCAUUGACUUGGAAUAACAAGGAUAUUUGAGUGCGAAGAAGGUACACAAGGAGUUGAUCUCUCCCUCAAUAAGUUGAACUUGGAAAAUCACGGAAAAUGAAACGAAAUGAAAUGAAAGUUGUUUUUUUAACAUCAUUGUGUGGUUUAUUAAAUUUUCUAUAAUUUUUACAUAUACACGAAA